AGGCAUGGAGUCUUCUAUUGAAAAACUUGACACUUGCGAAGUUUGCGCUGCAGUCAAGGCAAAAUAUACGUGCCCCAAAUGCGAGGUUAGAACUUGUGGACUCGCAUGUGUAAACAUUCAUAAGGAACAGUUGGAAUGCGAUGGCAUUCGUGACAAAAUAAAGUUCGUACCGGUACAUUCAUUCACAGAUUUAGAUUUAUUGAGUGAUUAUCGCUUAUUAGAGGAUCUGGGUCGAUCGGUUGAAAAGCUACAGCGUAAUCCUCAGAAAAAUUUUACAAGAGAAAACAAGGCGUUGCCUGUAUUCUUGAUCAAAUUAAAAAAGGCUGCUUAUAACCGAGGAAUUAAUUUGCAAUUUAUGCCGCAAAAUUUCAGUAGACACAAAGAAAAUACUACGUUCUACAAGUGGAAGACAAAUUUAUUAUCAUGGAAAAUAGAAUUUAUUUUUCCACAAGCUGGAAACAUAAAAUGGAUUGUAAAAAAGGCACUAGAAACAACAAGGCUAUCCGAGUUGUUAGAGGAUAUUUUUUAUUCUGAUUUCAAUAAAAAAUCGGAUGACGAUGAAUCAAUGAAAUUGUCAGUACUGCAAGAUAAAUUGAAAUUUUAUCGUUCUUGCGGAGUGAGUGGACUUAAAGUAUUAUUGAAAGCUGAAAAAGUUGAGAAAUCAGAUUCCAGGUUUUAUGAAUUAGACUUGACACAAUCAAUUCAAGAAAAUUUGAAAAAUAAAACAAUAAUAGAAUAUCCUAUCAUUUAUGUUGUACUUAAAGAUCAUACCGAUAUGUUUGAAAUUAUAGACAGUGAUGAAGAAGUUGAAAGAACUGAUGAGUCACAAAAGGAAAGGAAAAAUAUAAAACAAAACAUUCGAAACCACACAGUUAAAAAUAACGAAGCUGAUAAAGAAAAAAUAGACGCUUCAUUAAAAUGCUUUUUCAGUGCUGACAUUUCAGACUCCGAGGAUGACGAUGAUAAUGUAAUUAGUAGUUAUGAUGAGAAGAAAAAUUUUGAAUCAUAUGAUUCAGGUGAAGUAGCAAUGUCGUGA